CAGUUAAUUAAAAAAAUGUCUAUCCUAAGACUUGAUACUAAUGUUUAACAUUCGGACAUCGAUGACGAAUUUUUAGUGCAGAGUACAGAAGCUCUUGCUAAAACUUUAAAAAAACCGAAAUCUGAUAUUUUAGUAUUUGUAAAUGGAAACCAACCUAUUACUAUUGCUGGUUCCGCUGAAGAGCCAGCAGUGAUUGUAUCAUUACUCAGCGUUGAUGGUAUAAAUGAAAUUGAUAACAAACUCCACUCGGCUGCAUUGUUUUCAUUGAUUACGAAAUAUCUAAAAAUAAAUGAAAAUAGAAUUACAGUUACAUUCAGUCCAAUUGAAUCACACGCCAUGGGACGCAAUGGAAAAACGUUAAUUCAAUAAAACUUUAUUAUUCAUAUUGUAUAAACUUUUUUU